GAUGCAGCUCCUUGUGCGCUCGGUGUGCGCAAAGCUUUUACGCACGGCAGGAAUGACCUGUUGCAACCCGCCAAUGGAUUUCACUAGACGUUGCUAAGAAAGCGGAAGUACAAUAAGACAGUAAACUCCCACAGCAAAGCCGAGGCAUGUGAAGAUUUAAAGGAAAAUUGAACUUUGUCAUGCAUUCCUGAAAAUCUGUGUUUCAUUUUGCGAAUUGAGAUGCUCAAGUGGAAGCGUAAUACUUGGUAGUGUGCCGGUGCGCCUGUCUAUUUCUAGCUUAUCUUAUCUCAUCUCAUGCAUUAUUAUGGCUCCACAUCCCAUAAUCCAGGCAAUCAUCGACUUCUCAGCUGGAGCAAUAGGUGGUACAGCUUGUGUGCUGAGUGGUCAGCCGUUUGACACCACAAAGGUCAAGAUGCAGACGUUCCCCACCAUGUACCGCGGCUUCAUCCACUGCUUCACAUCCACCUUCAGGCAGGUGGGACUGCGUGGUCUCUACCAAGGCACGACCCCGGCACUCAUAGCCAACAUCAGUGAGAACGCUGUGCUGUUCUUGAGUUAUGGACUCUGCCAGGAUGUGAUACGCUUUGUGUCCAAGAUGGAUAAAGGAGCCGAUCUCAGUGAUAUUCAGAAGGCAUCUGCGGGGUCUUUAGCCUCUAUCUUCUCCUCCAUGGCGCUUUGCCCCACUGAGCUGGUGAAAUGUCGCCUGCAGGCAAUGCACGAAAUGAAAGCUUCUGGCAAAAUUGCAAGCGGACAGAGAAGCACAGCCUGGACAGUGGUGAAGACGGUGUUGAAAACAAAGGGUCCCCUGGGUUUCUAUGAAGGACUGACAUCCACCGUGAUGAGGGAGAUUCCAGGUUACUUCUGCUUUUUUGGGGCCUAUGAAGUGUCUCGGUCUAAUUUUGCACAGUACAUGGGCACAGACAAGGACAGUAUAGGUAUUCUUCCACUCAUGUUCAGCGGUGGAUUGGGAGGAGCUUGUCUUUGGUUGAUGGUCUAUCCCAUAGACUGUGUGAAGUCCAGGAUCCAGGUGUAUUCUUUAGCUGGAAGGCAAGAGGGUUUCAUAAAGACCUUCAUCGGUGUCAUACGCACUGAAGGGUUCACCACUCUGUACUCGGGCCUGACUCCCACCAUGAUACGCACCUUCCCUGCCAACGGGGCCCUCUUCCUGGCUUAUGAGCUCAGUCGCAAAUUCAUGAUGGAGACAGUUGGUAACUGAUGGGAAGGACCUUUACUUGAAGGAAGUAUUAUGUUAAAAUAUGACUUGUCUUCUUGUAUUUUUAAAUUGAGAUGAUGAAAAGUUUUAUGCUUUAAUGAUUGAUUAGAUGGGACCUAAAACUAUGAAAGCAUUGGUGCUAUUGGUAUGCCUGUUUUUGAAUAUAUUGUGAACGACAUGAACAUGUUUCUGUACUCUGCUGAUCACAGUGAUUAAAAAAACAAUUUUAAAGUCUUAGUGUUACAACUGUGAAUACUUUUAUUCAUGGUCGACAGUGCCAGGGUUGUACCUCACCACACAUUUUUCAGCGAGUGUUCACAAAAGUAUUUGCAAGUCAAAUCAUAAUAAAACACUCACAGGGCAGGAUAUGAAAAGUCAGUUCAACCUGCCCUCAAGGCAAUUUAAACAGUUCAGCCGUUCUGCACAUUUACCAUUAAUGACAUUUAAGAAGUUAAUCUGACUGGAUGCUCUUCAUUUUCCAUAUUUUUCAAUUAAUUAAAAAACAAUUGACAAUUGGAGGAAACAAAAUAAAGCUUCAAAAAUCAGAUUAUAAUAAUGUUAGUUAAAGAAAAGUCUUUAAAAAGAAAUCUGUAUUGGAG